AUGAGCCAAACUCCUCCGCUCUACCACCAAGGUCUUCAUGUAGUCGGAGAUGAUCAUGAUUUCGAAUCAAGGUCAAAUGACCUUGCUCGCAAUUUCGAUUUGCCAGCUCUGGAAGAGGGCCCGUACGUUGUCGAGCCGAAUCCACACGAAUCUGGCGAGGAGUCAGCAAAGAUGCUCACAAGCCCAAAACCCGCGGAAGGAUGGUGGCGCCGUGAGGAUAGCAAGCGGCGAGUGUACAUCGAGGCAGGUUUUGCAACCCUAGUUGUAAUCGCAAUUGUGGUUGGUGCGGUGGUCGGAACACGGAAACAGCACUCGUCAUCUCCUAGCGACUCGGCAGUAUCGCAUCUUCUGGAGCCAAACGAUGACGAUAUUCCGAUAGGAACAUCGUUCAAUGCAAGCUUCACGAUACCUGGGGCAAAUUGUACCAACGAGUGUCGCUCGAGUUCAUCGGUAUGA